ACCUAACCACACGACAUAACACCAAGACCUUCCCCACAAUGGCGCAUUUCUCCCAAAUCACCAACCUAGCCGAAUACGCAGCCUGCAUCAAAGCUACAGCCGGAAAAACCGUCCUGCUAGCCUACUGGCCCGAAGACGAAACCACUAACGAGGUAGCCGCAGCCCUGCAAAAGCUACUCCCGUCAUCUUCCUACGAACAGUACGAUGUGGUCGACAUCUACUGCUUCGACAUGUAUUCACUGCCAGAUCUCGGCAACAUGCUAGAUGUGAGCUUUGUGCCGACGCUGAUGUGGUUCAUGGAUGGUGUUAUGGAUGCUAUUGUUUGGCAUGAGGGUUGUGCGAUUGAGGGCGAGAGCGUGGAGAAGGGGGUUAAGAGGGUGGUGGAUAGGAUCAAAGGAGGGGAUAUUGCGGGAGAGGAUAGUGAUGAUGAUUGGUAGAGGACUGGGGUUUGAAAGAGGAGGGUGAAGACUUUAUCAUGUUAGAAAGCUGUCUUGGAUAAACAUGAAGACGCCUGCGGACGGACAUUGCGUGUAUCUAGCACCGGCUUGAUAUUCACUUCUCCCAAACCCAUUACGAAUCGCCGAAGCGAGAGGUAUCUACAUAGGUAGCCGGUCAAUGUGGCCACCUUUAGACUUCUGCCAUAGGGUUCUGGAGAGCAGUCUACAUUCGAUUGGCGUCUGUUGACUAGAAUCCUUCGCUAGUAAACAACACAUCUCAGUACGUUCUCAUUCCGACCACUCAUGUCUAUCAGCUUUCUUACAAGAUCCAAGCAAAUCAACUCUAGCUUACCCUU